UUGUUCCUUGCCUUCCACUCUCUCGCUCUCUCUCUCUCUCGCGCGCGCGCGCGCUCCGUUUCUGCGUAUCGGCGUUACAUUGUCGCCGUCGGUCCGACCUCUCUCGCUCCCAACAGCCAACACCAACGACGUUAUAUUUUUUCUCUUCUUUUUUUUUUUUCGCUAAAAUUUUCCGUUUCUCUAUAAAUACUUUUAGUUGGAAGUCGUUUAUCUCCACUUGUCUCUCCUCCUUCCCUGGAACUGGACAAACAGACGGUUGUGAUUUCACCCCGUAACGAUCACCUGAACCCCAAUAUCAUCUCUCUCUCUCUCUCAAGUGAAUGACAAAUGGGUCCGUCUUGGCGAGAGAAGGUUCACUUUCUUCAACACUCUUCCUUUAAAACAACGCCAAAAUAUCUAAGUUGCUUCUCAGUCGAGGAUCGCCGGCGCUCCUAUCGAACUUCCUCUUUUGCGUUCCUCAAUUGUUUAUACUUUUUAUUUUGUCUUUAAAAGGAACUAUCGGCUAAAUGCGUUGUAAAGGGAUUGAGGUAUCAGAGAUUUCUGCGAAUCUGAACGCGAAUGUUCCUUAGAAACCUCUCUGCUCUGUCCUGCCGAUACCUUUACCUGCUUUGGCUCUUCUUCCUCAAAUAUACAUAGAAGAAUCUGUUAUACUCUUCCUGGGUUAAGGAGACAAGAUCAGUUGAAGGUGGAAAAAUACUAAAGCGAAGGCAAACCAGAAAAAAAAAAGUUGGUGACCCAUUGGAGGCAGUGAUGUUGGAUCUAAAUGUUGUUUCCGCUGAUUCGACCUGCAAUGAAGAUGAGAUGAUGAUGGACAAGCUUCCGGAUGGUUCUGGCGGUCAAAUGGACGACUCCGGUACUUCCAAUUCCUCCGUUGUCAAUGCUGAUGCUUCAAGCAACGGAGGCGAUGAGGAUUCCUGCUCCACCCCCGACAGGCGUUGCGGCGGCGGCGAUAUGUUCGCCUUCAGCUUCGAUAUUCUGAAAAAGGGAACUACGGCUGAUGAUGAUGACGUAGAAUCAGGGAACGGUAAUCCGACGAUGCCGACGGGUUUUGUUACGAGGCAACUCUUCCCGGUGGCCGCGGAUGGAGAACAUGGAGUAGGUGUUGGCGAUGGUGGCCUUCGUUCGGGGCCGUCUUCGGCUUCCUCGUCUCGGCCUCAUUGGGUGGAUUUCUCAUUCUGCUCGCCGGACGGCGGCGGCCAGCCGGAGAUGGUCAUGCAGCAGCAGCAACAGCAACAGCAUGUGAAGAAGAGCCGCCGGGGGCCCAGGUCUCGUAGCUCUCAGUAUCGGGGAGUGACAUUUUACCGAAGGACUGGGAGAUGGGAGUCUCACAUCUGGGAUUGUGGAAAACAAGUGUAUCUGGGUGGAUUUGAUACAGCCCACGCUGCUGCUAGGGCCUACGAUCGAGCGGCUAUUAAAUUCCGUGGCGUAGAUGCAGACAUCAAUUUUAAUCUCAGUGAUUAUGAAGAAGAUCUAAAGCAGAUGAGGAACCUUACCAAGGAAGAGUUCGUGCAUAUUCUUCGACGCCAGAGCACCGGAUUUUCAAGGGGAAGCUCGAAAUACAGAGGUGUAACGUUGCACAAAUGUGGUCGAUGGGAAGCUCGAAUGGGGCAGUUCCUUGGCAAGAAGUAUAUAUAUCUUGGACUAUUCGACAGCGAAAUAGAAGCAGCAAGGGCUUAUGACAAGGCAGCUAUCAAGUGCAAUGGGAGGGAAGCGGUGACCAACUUUGAGCCAAGUAACUAUGAAGGGGAGAUAUCCUCUGAGGCUGAAAUUGGAGGCAGCGGGCAGAAUCUUGAUCUGAACUUGGGUAUUUCUCCCCCAGCAUUUGUCAGCGGCUCAAAGGGGAAUGAAAACAUUGGGCUCAAUUGUGGUCCUUGUGACAUGCCUGACUCCAGGAGAGCUAGGAUGGAGAAUCCUCCUUCAAUGACAGUGGGUGGUCAACCCACCCAUGGCCUAGCAAUGGUGUCUGAGCACCCUCCCAUCUGGACUGGUGUAUAUCCCAGUUACUUUCCCAAUUAUGAGGAAAGAAUGGCAGAGAAGAGGGUCGAAGUAGGUUCACCGGGACUCUCACACUGGUCAUGGCAAAUGCACGGCCACAGUGGUGCAACCCCAAUGCCACUGUUCUCUACUGCAGCAUCAUCAGGAUUCUCAUCUUCUACAGCCACGGCUUCAUCACCGGCCCUUCCUCAACCACUCCAUCCAAACACAACCCACCAACGCCUUUACAUUUCUCGUUCCACAAAUCCGGCGGGCAACAGCACAUCUCACUUCUACUAUCACAGGAGCUGAACUGAAACCACAUACCACACCUCCGUCUGCACUGAUCAAAGGUGGUUAGGCAAGCAAGACAACCCAAGCUAGUCUCUUUUUUGUCGUUGAUUCAAAAUUGUCUUCUAAAACAAAUGCAAACUCAAGACCAAGGCUUCUUUAUAUUUACUCAUACUAGACUCCUUAACGAGCUGGUGGAUCUUUGAUUCAUGUAGUGAGAUUGGUGCUUCCUGUUCUGUCAAUUGUUCCUUUCUCUAGUCUGGAAAAUGCAAUUCUGAUUUAAUUCCGGUCUAUGGGUACGAGACGUAGUGUAUUGAUUGUGGGAGGUAAAAUGGGUAAAUAUUCCAAGCAUUUUUUUUCC